AUGGCUCAAGCUGAUACAGGGAUUGUUACCAGGCUGCGGAAGGCAAUCUUAAAUAUUAUUGCCUACCCACGAGGAUGUCGACGUUAUUCGCAUCUGAUGGCGAAACUUCAAUUUGAUGAUUUUGAUUUAGGAAACGAGCUUUAUAAAAGCUUUUGUGAUCUCAUUGAUCAACAUCUGUUCUAUUCAGCUAACAGAUAUUUCGACAGCGAAGCGCCUUUUCAACUAGAAGACAUUUUAAUCUCUGGGAGUAUUAGUGAAGGUAUGUUGAAGAUAGUUUUAAAGAAGGAAUCAAUGUCAGAUAUGGAUUUAAUGCUUAUAUUAAAGAACAUCAAAGUCAGUGAAGAAGAACAACGGAAAGGAAACCUUAUGACAAAAGAAAAUACACCAUUUGUGACUUUGUACUUAACGGAUGAAGAUGAUAUUAAAAUGUGGGCAGAUUUCAUAGAAGCAUCAAGUAUGGCAACGUGUGAAAGAAGUACCAAGCUUUCGUCACGUAAGCUAAAAGAGCGAUUUAGAGAAAAUUACAUUAGAUACGGACCAUUCUGUAUGCCUCUUGGCAAAGAAGAAGUUGAAAAAGUUGACGAAGGACCCUCAUUAGCGGUUAGUUCUGAACUACCUGGUAAUUGGGAGGAAUGGUCAAUACCAAAACGUAUGCCGUUCCCAGUUGGGGAAUACGAUUUUGUCCUUGCUAUCAAGUGCAAUGGAUGGCCAUUAAGUGCCCAGGAGUGGUUAUCUAGACCAAGAUGCUGGCCAAAUCAAGAUAUCAUUCAGAAAAUUAUCAAAGACGGUUUCCAUGUUGUUUUGAAAAGUUCGUCAGAAGGAAAUUUCCGGCUGUCUUAUUCCAACGCUGAAGUAGUUCUUAUCCAAAAUCUUAGUAAUCUGCAACACAAGACAUAUCGCGCCUUCAAGUCGUUCAUUAGCCAUUAUAAAAAUGAAUUGGCCCCUAAUGGUAAGAAACUCAUUUGCUCCUAUCAUCUUAAAACAAUCGUGCUCUGGUAUUGCGAGAAAUCUGAUCCAAGUGACUGGACGGAGGAAAGCAUAGUCGGUCAUCUACUUUCACUUAUAGAUGACUUGAUAAUUGCUUUAAAGGAAAGUAAUUUGCCGAUGUAUUUCAUGCCAAAGUACAACUUAAUGGAGCAAAUUGAAGAUGGAAAAGAAAUAGCUGAGAAAAUAUCAGAUAUGCGUUUCAAUCUUUCCUUAAUUACUGAGGCAAUAAUCUCCGAGGAACCAGAUAUUCUGGAAUGGGCGAACUUUCUUUUUAAUCAGCCCUGUGUAUCAGGAUGUUUCAAGGCCUUCGAGAGAGGUGUUGAAAAAGGAAAUUUUGACCAAAACGAUCUUUUUCAAUGUUUGCAGACAGUAGAGACUUAUUUAGAUGAGUUUUGGAUGAAUUUUGCUGGAAAGAUACCACAAGCAAGAAAUGACUUGCACGCUAAAAAAGCCUACAAUAUUUUAU